AUGGCGUUAGAUAUUGCCAAAAGGGAGGGUGAUGAGAACGUAUCAAUUCUCAGUUUCUUGUACCACGCUGACAAGGCACUGGCACUCCAGCAGUCCCGAUGGCUGAGUUAUCCCGACUCCAAAAAAACGGGGUUUCGCCCAGACUGGCUGCACGUGACUAGUUUGUGUUACACCACCGGGCCAGUAAAACACCGUGACCCAACCAACGCGCGGAGGGAAGUGAACGGUUUAGCUGAGUGGUCGCCGACGGGCCGCUGUGCUCCGGUGGUCAGCCAAAAGCUGCAUGAUUGUAAGUUCGAUAUCUCUCGGGCUCCAACCUUCCUUCAAUAUGCAAUCGCUCGGGUCCCAGGCUGUUUGCUCAUCGGCUCGGCCAACCCUGUGGCAACCCUGAUCUGCGGUUUAUGGCACAGACGGGUAGCUCGUAAAAAUCACUCAGACAUCCUACCUCCCACCGGAGACGCCGAAGCGAAUCGGCCAGUGAACCGUCCAAAGAAACACAAGAUGAGCCAGGACUCGGGAGAUCGAGGUACGAUCAGAGAGGAAUCGGGAGAGCUCGGUGACGACUACGGCAAAAUCUGA